AUGGAGAGCUUCUUCUCAAAUACAUUCAUUCUUCUCUUACUCUUUUUCUUCUUCACAAAUUCUCUAUGCAUUGAAGCUAAAAAAUGUCACCCUAAUGGUAUAGUAAAAGGUAAAAGCCCUUCAGGGCAUUGCAAUCAGGAGAAUGACUUAUGUUGUGUACCGGGUAAGAAAUAUCACACAUACAAAUGUUCCCCGCUGGUGUCUAGUCACACAAAGGCAUAUCUCACUCUUAACAGUUUUGAAAAAGGCGGAGAUGGUAAAGGCCCUUCGACAUGUGACGACAACUAUCACUCCGAUGAAACGCCUGUGGUGGCACUUUCCACAGGAUGGUUCAACACUAAGAGAAGGUGCCUUCAUAAUAUCACCAUAAAUGGGAAUGGUCAAAGUGUGGUUGCAAUGGUAGUUGAUGAGUGUGACUCAUCAAAGGGGUGUGAUGCAAAACGUGAGUAUCAACCACCAUGUGCCAAUAAUAUUGUUGAUGCAUCAAUGGCUGUGUGGAAAGGCUUAGGUGUCCCUAGGAACCAAUGGGGUGGGUUGGAUAUUACAUGGUCAGAUGUUUGA